UGUCACCAAAGCAAAACAUCGUACAAGUAUCUCUUCAAUAAGCAAUACGUGGCGGCUACACGCAUUAUCUUGUUCAACAAUCUCUCUCUCUCUCUCUCUCUCUCUCUCUCUCUCUCUCUCGGUCAUAGUCAACAAAACAAUAACAAACCCUUUCCCUUGUUUUCCGAAUCUUGAAUUACAACAUCAACAAGAACUAUUCUCUUCCUUUCACUCAACCAAACAAUCAAAAACCCCAUUACCUUCUUUUUUCUAUUUUUCCCAUCAAAGCUUCAUACUUUUUCAUCUGGGUAAGAAUCUAUCCUCUCUUUCUUGAGUUUACACCAAUUGAUUCUGUCACCCUUUUGUUUCUUUUUGUUUUUUUUUUCCAUCCUAAUUACAAAUUAGGGUUUUAUUAUAAUCUAGAGGAAAAGAUGAGGAAUUAAGGCGUUUUGGGUCUGGAUUUUUUCAUCUUUUCCAUCAUAAAGAUUGUUCCUUUUUGUGUAAAUUUUGGUCAAAAUUUGAUUUUGAUUUGGUUUGGUCUUCUGGGUAGGUGUGAUUCAUCACACCCAGAUAUAGCUUAGCUUUAAUUUGAAUUUUUUUAAUUUGUACAAAUUUAUGGGUGUAAAAUUGUAACAUUGGUAGGAAUUAGGGUUUCAGGCUUUUUUAAGUCAAAGCUUUUAAUUUUUCAUUGGAAUUUUGGAAUUUGAUUUCAUUCAUUAAAAUAGUGUGAAAAUGUCUUCUGCUGGUGUAUCCACUCUUAGUCCUGUUCCAAGGGAGACAUUGUUGUCUCCAACAAAUGGAUUUUGUAAUCCACUGCACUUGUCUGCUAAUCAUCACGAGUUCAUUUUCGUGUAUCUUUCCUAUUCGGGGUCUUUGUCUCCAAUGCGUGUUCUACCCUCGGAUACGAUUGAGUCUGUGAAGCUCAAGAUUCAAAGGAAUGAGGGAGUGACAAACAAACAAAAGUUGGUUUGUAAUGGUCGCGAGUUAUCACGUAGCAAUUCUUUGCUCAAGGAUUAUGGUGUUACCGAAGGAAAUGUAUUGCAUUUGGUUAUUCGACUGACAGAUCUUCAGACUAUCAGUGUGAGAACUGCUUGUGGGAAGGAGUUUACCUUUCAGGUUGAAAGGUGCAGGGAUGUUGGGUAUGUUAAGCAACAGAUUGCGAAAAAGGAAAAAGAGCUUGCUGAUCCUGAACAGCAGGAAGUUGUGUGUAAUGGGGAGCUGCUUGAUGAUCAGAAGCUUAUUGAUGAUAUCUGUAGCAAAUAUAAUGAUGCAGUGAUACAUCUUUUUGUUAGAACGAAAUAUGCUGAUGUUAAUACAGGACUCGAAGAGUUAUCUAUUGCAGCAAAAGAAUUGAAUGGUACAAAAAACUGUGAUGCUAAUGAAAGUGAAUAUGAGAGGAAAUAUGAUGUUGGUAAAGAAGAUGCGAGAAGGGAGUAUGAAGCCAUCGAGAAAAUUAUGUCAAGAAAAGCUCUUGACAGAGGUCUUCUUUUGGAGCCGGUUAUUAUUAACCCUAAGGUUGAUUUAGCUUCAGAGGUUUGGGAUAUGAUAAACACUACAUAUGAAGGGCUAGAUAAUGGAAAUUCUCCAAUCAGAUCGUCAGAGGGUACAGGAGGGGCUUACUUUAUGCUAGACUCAACAGGGCAAAAGUAUGUAUCGGUUUUUAAGCCUAUUGACGAAGAGCCAAUGGCUGUGAACAACCCUAGAGGCUUACCUUUGUCGUUAGACGGAGAGGGGUUAAAAAAGGGUACAAGAGUUGGCCAAGGAGCUUUCAGGGAAGUUGCUGCUUAUAUUUUGGACCAUCCAAUGAGUGGCCGCCGGUCAUUAUUUGGUGAUGAUAAGGGCCUUGCUGGUGUUCCCCCGACUGUUAUGGCGAAGUGCUUGCACAAAGGAUUUAACCAUCCAGAGGGUUUGACUGCUAAGUUUGGUUCCUUGCAAAUGUUCAUGGAGAAUAAUGGAAGUUGUGAGGAUAUGGGACCUCGUUCUUUCCCGGUGAAGGAAGUGCACAAAAUCACCGUUCUGGACAUGAGACUUGCAAAUGCAGAUAGGCAUGCUGGGAAUAUUUUGAUUGGCAGAGAGAAGGAAAAUGGCCAGGCUGUUUUGAUUCCAAUCGAUCAUGGAUACUGCCUCCCCACUAGUUUUGAAGAUUGUACCUUUGAAUGGCUUUACUGGCCUCAAGCUCGCCAGCCAUACUCUCCAGAGAUCAUUGACUACAUAAAGUCCCUUGAUGCCGAAGAAGAUAUUGCCCUUCUGAAGUUUCACGGAUGGGAUUUACCACUCGAAUGCGCCCGCACUCUCCAAAUCUCGACCAUGCUUCUGAAAAAAGGUGUGGAAAAAGGGAUGACUCCUUUUGCCAUCGGAAGCCUAAUGUGCCGAGAAUCCUUGAACAAAGAGUCCGUGAUUGAAGGAAUUGUUAAAGCAGCACUUGAUUCUGUUCUUCCUUGUACCAGUGAAGCUACUUUUAUGGAUGCUGUUUCCGAGAUUAUGGACCAGCACCUUGAUGAGAUCACUGCCAGCAAUUAUAAUUCUUAAUCGAUUGAAGAUGAGUUCUGCAAUAGAAUUUGGUAUGUUGUGUAUGUGUACAUGUGUUCUACUAGUACAUAACUAUAUAGUUAAUGAUUGUCUAUUUUUUUUUCUUUGUUUUCAUUCACAUUAAUGGGUAAUGACUCCCUUGGUCUAAGCACAUUCUUUCAUCGAAUUUACCUUAUAUAUUUACCUUAAAUUAUAGCUUAA